AUGGCGAACGACUACUUUGUCAUCUUCUACAAUAGCCAGGGAUGCGGUGGCACCUCUUCCGGUCCAUACAAGCUCACCAUUACCGAUCUUCGAAAUGGCAGAUUCAAGAAGAUCAAGAUUAGGCUCAAUUUCGUUGCACCCUACGACAAUCCUAUGGAAAUCCACUAUAGAUUCGUAAAGAGCCGUACACCACGGGAAAUCAAGCUCAUUCGACAGAGAUUCCAGGAAAGAACAAAACUGCGCAACCUCGUCUAUGAAUUCGCCGCUGUCUCGGAGCAGCCCAUCCAGAUCGCCUGCAAGACGCCAAAAGCCUCCCAGAAAGGAGACACUGUCCAAGAAAACAAGAAGGCCGGGACUUAUGCAGGUUUGACGAGCGUCUGCCGUCAAGUCCGCAAAGAGUAUCUGCCUAUCCAGCGACGCGAGGUGAACCUUCGGAUCAACCUCUGGGACCUUGAGAAGUUCUUUGCCACCUUCGAUCUGCUUCAUUGGGCCACGACCAGUCAGCCUCGAGGACUCGAUAUUUCGAUCCCAUUUCCAUUGUAUAGGACUUCGAAGAUCGAUAUACUUCCACUUGUCCAGCUCUACUCGUUGGGCCACUUGACCACUACUGUCCCUGUGCCCCCGACAGAAGAGGAUGUGGAAGUAGAGGAAAUCGGCUCGCCUCUUUACAAGAAGAUGGAUACUGAACAGUGGAUGAUAGUAGAUCGGUACAUGCGCGACAUCCAAGAAAAUUGGGACCAUGAACCGUUCUUCACAGGCAGAGUGAAGAAGAUUGACUAUUUCCCACGAAUCUCCAUGCCACCAAGGAUCGUACUAAUGACACGAGAUCCCGCGCUCUAA